CCGAGCAGGACAUAGAAUAGGCUAGCUUUUUUUUUCCCCCCUUCUUCUCUUCCGUUUUCUCUUUUUCCUCCUCUACUCUUUCAGUCUCUCAUUUAAGAGAGAUCCAGAAACCCACUUUGACAGUUAAACACUUGCUUCCACCACCAUGGCAUCUGCAAGCAGCUCCGCAGCCUCCGCCGCCUUCGGGCUCGGCCGGAGGAAGAAGAACCCCGGGCUCUUGGAUCAGAUUGGAAAAUUCUUUGGAGGCGACAAGAAGAAGAAGGGAAAGGGCUCUUUCCGUGGAGCUCUUUCUCCAGCCCCUCAGAAAGCCUCCGCGACCUCCCCUCGUAAGCGUGGCGGGGAGAACGCCGUGGUCCACUUCUUUCGCACGAUCGUGUCCCCUGCCCCUCCCAAGUCUAGGUGGAGAGGACUAGCAGCCAAGAUAGGUCUGGGUCCUCAGAAGUCAACCAAGAAGGCCGGUGCUGGAGAUGGCAAAGGGUCCCUGACUAGAAUCUUCAAAAUGUGAUGGCUUCAGCAGCAGAGGAAGCAGGAGUUCUUCUCCAGCCAAACGCUGAAGAGCGCCUCAACCGCCCCUUCCAACAGAAGGUGGACGUCCUAAAACCAUGGGGGGAAACAAGAGGAAGAAAAAGAGGAAAAUGACCAACCGUUCACACCCACCUUCCCAGUCGCCUUCAAUAACACCUUAAUGUUCGCUAAUUCUCCCUUCUUCCCCCUUCAGUACCCUCUCCGGCUGAUAGAUAGCGACACAAUCUGUCCCUCGCUCGUCCUGCAACUGUAAAGCUACAUCUGUGCCGCCAUGUUGUGAAGUGUCCGCUGAAGUUGACCCUGAAGCCGCUCACGUGUGCAGCCUGAAUGACCCCCUCCCCCACCUGCCAUGGCUCUCCUUUCAUGUCUUUUUUUCGUGGCGUCCCAGUUCGUUUCCUAACAAAUGGUGGCUAAACCAGAGCACACCCGGGACAGUUGAAGGAUCGGGCCGGCACAAGCAGAACCGACCAGCUGCUGUCGCCUUUGGCAGACUGAAUGGAAAGACUUGGGUGGCUUUGCUUUGGAGAAGAAGAGUUUUUCUGUCCCGUCUCUUUGUCUGCGUCGCUUUCGCCAUCCUGUUCCAGGUCUCAGAACAGGCACCUUGGUUGUUGUUUUUAGGAGAAAAAUUAACAGGUUUGUGAGAGCCAUUUUGGUCCAAACGUGUUUUUAUUCACCUCUUAUGUUGUAGCUUUAGCAAAGUGUCCUGUCAUAGAUGUUGAGUGUUGAUCGUAGCACACAAGGCUGACUGUGGCUUUCAUGCCAAAAAAAAGAAAAAACUUAAAUCAAAAACUAAUAAACCUUUAUUUAAACAGCAUUUGGCCAAAUUUGGACUCUUCAUCAGUGCUGUGAUUAAAGUUUUCUGAUGCUUUCCUCAUCAUUUCUAUGCACUCAAACUGUAAAUCAGAAGAUCCUGCCUCACCUUUAGACCGCCGGGCUGUUUUUUUAGGGGUUUUCGUCCUUUAUGGUAGAAAAAAACAAACACUCAAUUUCAAAAAGGUGCUCUGGAACUAACCCUGUAAUGACAGGUUACAGUUUUCCUUAAGAAUGUGUAUGUUUUCUGCAUGGAAAAGACACAAAGAUUUCAAUUCUAGGGAAGUCCAGCCUCAUUUGUUGUGCUUUUCCAAAAGCGAGCGUGUGUGAUGUGUAGCCUCCACCCUCCAUGCUUGUGUGCUCGAGCCUUGUGAGUGCAGCGUGGUGUUUUCGCUGAAUGGAUCCUGGGAAUGAAUGUAAACAACCUCCUCAUUAUUGUAUGUGUAAUAAAACAUGACCAGCCACUUAACUGAAAAUAAAAAAUAAAAAAAACUACAAGCAUGAA